AUGGAGUACUUUGAUUUUGACCAAGCGGCUCAAGAUCACGAUUCGCCCUCUAUUCUCGCGGAUUUUUAUACUCAGGAUUUUGAUUCUACGUUGAACAAUGCAGCUCCGGUGACUCCCUUGCCUGAUACCCACAACAUUCUCGACGAGGUUGAAAAGAACUCGCCAUCUUUGAAGCUGAACGGAUCGUGGCCUAUGCGUCGGGCAUCCGAACCGUGUUUCUUCUGUCGUUCUUUGGGCCUGGACUGCGUUGUGGCUGAGAGAGGUGCGCUGCAAAACGGCUGCACGUGCUGCAUCGCCUUAUAUCGCGAGUGCAGCUUCACUCAUACACAGCCUCAAGAAAAGCUAUUAGAGACUCUCCACGUAGUGGGAGAGGACGCUUAUGUGCCUAUAGGAAGCCUGACGGGAAAAAGAGCGCUGAAGUCCUACAGCGGCCCUUCCACCGGCACCAUUCUGGAAGAGUCAGAGCAACGGGGUAGAAAGAGCGGUUCUCGUUUUCCAAAGGACGCCGUGAGGGUACUGAAACUUUGGCUUUCAGAACAUACAUCUCAUCCGUACCCAACCGAGGAGGAAAGGGACGAACUAAAAGCAAAAACCGGCCUGAAACGAAGCCAAAUUAGCAAUUGGCUGGCGAAUGCUCGUAGACGUGGAAAAGCCAGGAUUUCCUCUCACUCUUCUGUACCUUGCACUGGCGGUGUACCCAUCCCGGGUAAAAGACUCCCUCCCGGAGUCGAUUUCGCCGAUCUUGAUCCCCUAGAGCGAUGGAAGCACUCCCCACCUGAAAACGAACCUGCCUCUGCCCGAGACAUUAUACAAGCCAUGGCUACCACCCGUUUCAAUACGUCGAGCUCAAACGAUACGUCUUCUGUACCAGGUCGAUCGCAUUCGCGAAGAACGGGCUCCAGUAACGGUGAAUCUAAUAUGUCCAACGUACGUACUUCACUGAGCAGCUAUAGCUUUGAUACAACACAAUCAAGUAUUUCGGAUAUGUCUUUUGCAUCUGCCUUUUCUCAUCGCUCAUCUCGCGCUUCCUUUACCUCCGCAGACGCCAAAGAACGUCGAAGACGGCGCCAUAAGUCAAUUGUUGGCCAAAGUUCAUUCCAUAAGCCCCGCGCUGCUCGCAUAUAUCAGUGUACAUUUUGUACAGAUACUUUUCCGACGAAGUAUGACUGGCAACGUCACGAAAAGUCCUUGCAUCUUGCCUUAGACAAAUGGACUUGCGCUCCACAUGGUGGGGUCGUUACGGAAAACAAUAAAUCCCUAUGUGCAUUCUGUCGUCAUCCUGACCCUGAUGAUGACCAUCUUGGAUCUCAUAAUUUUCAAAUUUGUCAAGAAAAGUCCAUUCAGGAACGAACAUUUUACCGCAAAGAUCACUUAAAUCAGCACUUACGCCUGAUGCAUAAUGCAAAGUUGGGGCCUUGGAUGUGUCAGUGGAAGAGUGCAACAACUGAAGUCAAGUCUCGCUGCGGGUUCUGUUCCUCAAUCUUUGCUACCUGGAAGGAGCGUAUCGACCACCUUGCAGUUCAUUUUAAAGCGGGAAUGGACAUGUCGCAUUGGAAAGGUGACUGGGGAUUCGAACCUUGUAUUCAGAACUGCAUUGAGAAUGCCAUGCCGCCAUAUCUUAUCAGUGCAGAACGGAAAACCAUGGAUCCAUGGGUUGCUCAGUCACCGAGUCCUGGUGUGCCAACGUCAAGGGGUACAGUCAGGGCAAAUAUUCCUGUUCCAACUGACGCGAGUUGUUUCAAACGUCUGGAGGUUGGACUCAUGGAAUUUAUUAGCCGCUUAAGCGCCCAAGGUAUCGUACCAACUGAUGCAAUGUUACAAUCGGAGGCGCGGACUUUUAUAUACGGUAGUGAUGACCCUUGGAAUCAAACCUGUGCUGAUAACCCCACAUGGUUGUCUGUUCUGAAACAAGAUGCUGGAAUUUGCGACACUCCAAAUCCACAGAAUAUCCAGCUAGAUGACUUGGGAAUGCAGCCACCCUUCGCUGCAAACGGCGGCCUUAGAUGUGCCCCUAUUCAUUCAUUCAAGCCAAAUCCACCAUUAAGCGUCUCAUCGGGCCUUCAAAGUCCAGUAUUACCCAGUUCUGUUGCUAGUUAUCGAGGGAGUCUCGCGGGUAGUUUGUCUGGCAGUGUCGAUUUUUCGACCAGACACCCUGUUCUUGGACAAGUGGGCGACUUUCCAAAUGCGACGAUGAGUAACUUCUCCUCGUCUGCACCGGUGACUGCAGACAACGACCCUCUGAUUCAGAUGGGGUUUGAUACUGACUUUCUUCGUGGUCUGGACAAUGAUGAUGGUGAUAUUGGGCAUGAUAUGGGCGGCUUAAGCCUUGGAAAACUCGGGUCAGGCAACUCUAUCAACUUCCAAGAAAUCGAUUUUGAUGAUUUCAAUUUUAACCUUACUACAACGUUAGCACCAGCCAGCACUGCUACUCCAGUCUCUAAAUCUCCCACAAUAGGGGCUUUUGGAAUGGACACUAAUCUGAACGCGUUCGAUUCUCUUAUGUCAUUACCUAGGAAAGGAAGCACAGCUCCUCGAGGGCUUGAUUCUCAGUGA